UGCUUUCAGGGCGCGCAGCUCCGGCAUCUCUUCCGGUCAAUACGCUGCCGCCAUGUCCGCCAGUAGUCUUUUGGAGCCGAGACCUAAAGGACAAGGAAAUAAAGUGCAAAAUGGAUCUCUACACCAAAAAGAUGGCUUGAAUGAUGAUGAAUUUGAGCCAUAUUUGCAUACGCAAGAGCGGCAGAACAAUGCUUACACAGCUCUGUCAGACUCAUACUUGCCAAGUUAUUACAGUCCAUCUAUCAGUUUCUCAUACUCCCUGGGGGAGGGAGCUUGGUCUACUGGAGGUGACCCUCCACCUACUAUGCCGUACCUAACUUCCUAUGGUCAGCUGAGCAACGGAGAACCGCAUUUUUUACCAGAUGCUGUGUUUGGACCGUUGGGCAGUGCCCCGUUUCUAGGACAGCCUGGGUUCAACUUCUUUCCAAGUGGUGUAGACUUCUCAGCUUGGGGCAAUGGAGGCAACUCCCCAGGAGCCUCUGCUCCUAGUUCUGGAUAUGGGGGAAGCUAUGCAUAUGCCCCUAGCACUUUAGGGGGAGCUGUAUUGGAGGGGCAAGCAAGCUUUGGUGGGGGAAAGGCAGUGGGAAGUCUAGAACAGGGAAUGGGGGCACUGAAACUGAGUGGAGAAGGGGGUGGUCUGAAGGCAGCUGUGGGUAGCCUGCCACCUGCAGCUGUGGCACCACCCAAACAGACAUCUUGGGCGGACAUUGCAAGCAAACCCGCUAAGCAAAGCCUUUCUAAAAUUCUUCCUCCUCCUCCACCCUCCAAACACAACAUGGAAAUUGGAACUUGGGACAACAAAGUUUCGUCAGUCAGCGCUUGCCAGACAUUAUCUCCACCGAUGCUUCAGCAGACUAUACCCAAUGCUGCCACUGCUCCCCAUGCCCCUACACGUUGGUCUGCCCAUCGUAACAGAAUCUCAGAGCAGACUCAGCUUGCACCUUCAACUGCUGAGCCUCACCCUGUCCUGGAGAAAUUGCGUUCAGUCAACAACUACAAUCCCAAGGACUUUGAUUUCAGCCUUAAACUUGGUCGUGUGUUUAUUGUAAAGAGCUAUUCAGAGGAUGACAUUCACCGCUCCAUCAAGUACAAUAUUUGGUGUUCCACAGAACAUGGCAACAAGCGUCUUGAUGCAGCUUAUCGCUCUCUUAAUGGGAAGGGUCCACUUUACCUGCUUUUUAGUGUUAAUGGUAGUGGCCACUUCUGUGGAGUAGCAGAAAUGCGCUCAGCAGUAGACUAUAAUACUUGUGCGGGAGUGUGGUCACAGGACAAAUGGAAGGGCCGCUUUGAUGUGCGCUGGCUGUUUGUCAAGGAUGUACCUAAUGGACAGCUACGUCACAUUCGUCUAGAGAAUAAUGACAACAAGCCAGUCACCAACUCUCGGGACACACAGGAGGUCCCAUUGGAAAAAGCACGUCAGGUGCUUCGAAUCAUCGCCAGCUACAAGCACACAACCUCCAUCUUUGAUGACUUCUCUCAUUAUGAGAAAAGACAAGAGGAAGAGGAUAGUGUCAAAAAGGUGAUCAAGAAUUAGUGGGGAAAAAAGCAGGACCAUCCACCAAAUCAUGUCCCCCUUUAAAAGAUGUUAAGUGGUGACAAGAUGGACUUUAACUAACUAAUGGAACCUGCAGUUAACUUGUUGAAGGACAAUGGGAGAAGGUUACAAUCCCUUUACUUGGGUGAUUAAAUGCAAUUUCAAGACAAGAAGGAUUAAAUACUGGUAUUCAAAUAAAUCUGGGUGUUAACCCCCCAGAUUACAGAUCAGGUUAAAAUAGUAUGCUCAUUGCCAGCAUCUGGAGAUGUAUUUUUUUUUGUAUCCUAAGGCCUCUUCUGCCUUGAUUUAUUUUAAGUUUGUGGCAAUAGCCCUCUUUAUUUUUCCUUGCUCCACAUCUAUGUGCGUUUAUACACAUAAACAGAGCAUACUAGUAAAGCAUGUGGAACAGGGGGUCACCCCUGUUCCCCUGAAAGUUGUAUGUGCCAGGUGCAUCAACAAAAUUUGCUGCAUCUGCAUAUCAAAUAUUAUAUAAAUGUAUUUUCAUUUUGUUACUCCCACAGCAGGAGCAUUGACUGGGCAAAUUCAACUAGAGAAAGUUUAAUUUAAUCUGGAUACUUUUGUUUUGGGAUACAGUAUAAAAAAAAAUGUUUGUAAAAAAA